AUGCUGUAUUACAAUAUUCAAAGAGACCAUUCGCGGCGAUACGAGAGAUCUGAGAGAUCUGAGAGGCUGGAGCAGCGACACGGGGGCUACAAUUCUAACUAUGGGAGAAACACACAGGAUGGUGGAGGGCAUACAGGUCAUCAGAAUAGAAACUACCGCAACCAUCAUGAUUAUCUGGCUCGUCUGACACCAAACCAAUAUUCAUCGUAUGCAUCUUCAUCUUAUAGAUCAAGACAAAAUGUUUACCUGCAACAUAACCAGAACUAUGAUCUGACUCAACAGAGCCAAUCGGGUCAAUCGGGUCAGCUGGGUCCACUGGGUCCACUGGGUGGUCAUCAGCACCAACAAUUUCAAAUGUGGAUGGGUGAUUUGGAUCCUUAUUGGACUGAAGAAUCCAUUAAAACCAUGUGGAGCACACUUGUUUCUGCUCCAAUAUUUGUGAAAAUUGUGCGAGAUCGGGUCAAUCCUCUGAAACCACAAUUUGCCUUUGUUGGAUUUGACUCGCAAGAACUGCUUGAUUUGGCGGUGAAAAGGAACGGCCAACCAGUCCCUCAGUCUCUGCGUCGCUUCAAAUUGAAUUAUACAAAAAGUGGGGGCAGAGGUUCUUCUUAUGCUCAAUCCCAAUCUCGGUCUCAGUCUCAAUUUCAUGCUCAGUCUCAAUUUCAGGCUCAGUCUCAAUUUCAGUCUCAGUCUCAGUCUCAAUAUAAUGUUGGUCUGAGAUUUGGUAGUGGAGUAAAGGGAAAAGGAGGAGUAGUGGGCACUCAUAAUGGUGCAGCAGCUACUUCUGCUGCUUUUGGAAGUGGCAUUGGCAAUAAUAGCAGUUAUAGCAAUAGCUAUAACAACAGCAUCGGGGGAGAGUUCACCAUGUUUGUUGGCGAUCUCUCACCUGAGGUUUCAGAAAGUGCACUUUUUGCAAAGUUCAAUUUGAAAUAUCCAAAUCAGAUCAGAUCUGCUCGAGUUAUUAUGGAUCCACUUACAAAGAAAAGCAGAGGGUUCGGAUUCGUGAAAUUUAAUGGCCAUGACACAUUAAAUAAAGCUUUGAAAGAGAUGCAAGGGCUCAUGCUAGGAUCAAAAGCUAUUCGAGUAGGCAUUGCUGCAGGGUCCGAGACAGCUCUUCAAUCCGCACCUUCUGAGACAAGAAAUGAACUUUAUCGAAUCCAGUUGCCGCAGCCACAGCCCACUGCAAAUUAUAACAGUGACGAAAACAACACGACAUUAACACUAACUAAUUUACAAUCAUUGAUAACUGAAAAAGAGCUCGAACAACAUUUUGCAGCGUUUGGUGAUAUUGUCUAUUGCAAAAUCACGACAGAUGGCCAAACGGGGCAUGUUAAGUUUCUUUUACGAUCUUCUGCCAACUCUGCGCUUAUGUACAUGAAUGGUUUGCAAAUCAACGGACUAAAACCAGUAAUUGGUUGGGGUGCUACAAUGAGAGUUUUGAACGAAAAAACUAAUUUCUUGCCUUCAAAUUCUGGACGAUACGAAGCAUCAGAUCCUGUGCCCUCACUUUAUAUGCCAAACCGUUUCAAGAAAAGAAAAUUUGAUAAUUUCGACGAGACAGUCGUCAAGGCUUUAAAACUGGAACUUGAUGAAAGCGAGAUACACCAAACUAAUCAAAUUGACUCUAUAUAUCUAGAUGACAAGAUAGCGCGGGCCGCUAUUCUUGAGUCAUGA